AUGCCGCCUUUCUCCGCCGUAAAAUCUUUCUUGUCCGUUUACUCAGCCGUAGGAUGUAUCUUCCUUCUUCUCUCUCCGGCUUUAGCCUCCGAGUCAGAUCACAAGUAUCAAGCUGAUGAGAAGGUCACUCUUUGGGUGAACAAAGUUGGCCCAUAUAAUAAUCCACAAGAAACAUAUAACUAUUAUAGCCUCCCCUUUUGCCGCAAAACUAAUAACAGCAUUCACAAAUGGGGUGGUCUUGGCGAGGUCCUUGGUGGAAAUGAGCUCAUCGACAGCCAGUUAGACAUCAAGUUCUUAAAAAAUGUUGACAGAAGCGUCAUUUGUCAGUUGGAACUUGAUGAAGCUAAGAUUAUUCAUGUGAAUCUCACACAAGAUAAUCUAAGACCGUUAGAAGCAGGGAGGACGGUGGACUUGACAUAUUCUGUGAACUGGAUCCCAACAGAGGUCACAUUUGCUCGUCGUUUUGAUGUUUAUCUAGACUAUCCGUUCUUCGAACACCAGAUCCAUUGGUUCUCCAUCUUUAACUCGUUCAUGAUGGUUAUCUUCCUCACUGGUUUGGUCUCAAUGAUAUUAAUGAGGACUCUCAGAAAUGAUUAUGCUAAGUAUGCUCGAGAAGACGAUGACCUGGAGAGCUUGGAACGGGAUGUAAAUGAAGAAUCUGGAUGGAAACUCGUGCAUGGAGAUGUGUUCCGACCACCAAGUAGUCUAGUUCUUCUCUCGGCUGUUGUUGGUACAGGUGCACAGUUGGCUUUGCUUGUUCUUCUUGUCAUAUUAAUGGCAAUCAUUGGGACACUUUAUAUUGGGAGAGGAGCGAUCGUCACAACUUUUAUAGUUUGUUACGCUCUAACUUCAUUCAUCUCCGGUUAUGUGAGCGGUGGAAUGUACUCAAGAAGUGGGGGUAAACAUUGGAUCAAGUGCAUGAUCCUCACAGCUUCUCUCUUCCCAUUCUUGUGCUUCGGGAUUGGAUUCCUCCUGAACACAGUCGCCAUAUUCUACGGAUCUCUUGCGGCUAUUCCCUUCGGAACAAUGGUGGUUGUUUUCGUCAUUUGGGGCUUCAUUUCGUUCCCUCUCGCCCUCCUCGGGACAGUCGUCGGUAGAAACUGGAGUGGUGCCCCAAACAAUCCAUGCCGAGUGAAGACAAUCCCACGUCCAAUCCCUGAGAAAAAAUGGUACUUGACUCCAUCAGUAGUCUCUCUUAUGGGAGGUCUAUUACCUUUUGGCAGCAUCUUCAUUGAAAUGUACUUCGUCUUCACAUCCUUCUGGAAUUACAAGGUAUACUAUGUGUACGGGUUCAUGCUACUUGUCUUUUUGAUUCUCGUUGUGGUUACCGUGUGUGUGACGAUCGUGGGAACAUACUUCUUGCUGAAUGCUGAAAACUAUCACUGGCAAUGGACAUCGUUCUUCUCAGCUGCUUCUACCGCGGUUUACGUCUACUUGUACUCAAUCUAUUACUACUACGUAAAGACAAAGAUGUUUGGAUUUUUCCAGACCAGCUUCUACUUCGGAUACACCUUGAUGUUCUGUCUCGGCCUCGGAAUCCUUUGCGGAGCUGUUGGGUUCUUAGGAUCGAAUCUGUUUGUUAGAAGGAUCUAUAGAAACAUCAAGUGCGACUAGAGACAUAAAAACCAAGAAAGAGAAAAAAAGGGAGUAAAGAUGGAUCGUGGAAUGUUGUUGGUGGCAGUUAAGUCUGUUAGAAAGCAGCUUUUUUACAGGUUUAGAUUAUUAUACACAAGGGAACGUGGGAAUCGAAGGAGGAAGAGAGGUUGUAUGGUAAUUGAAAAUAUUAUAUUUUUAUUUGGCUUCUUUUUUCUUUUCUUUUUGCUUAUGUCCCCUUUUUGGUAAAGUUGAAUCUACUCUAUAUAUUCUGUUUAGGAUUCAGAGAUACGUUUUGGUUAUAUAGUCUCAUCUGGCUUAAAUGACACCAAUAUAUGUCUAAUCCCAAAAGUGGAGAAGCCAAAUCAGAUGAGUCAGCUACGCCCUAUUAGUUUAUGUAAUGUAAGCUACAAG